CGAGCACGCCGCAGUCCACAGAACAAUUCUACGACAUACCAGUUCGUGAAGCAAUGCGUAUAUUUCUGUGAUGGGAAUUUGGUGGCGAGGGAAGGAGAGGACAAGCAAAGCGAGAGCGAGAGGUGAACGUGAACCGCCCGGGCCAGCCGCCUGGCUACAUGUUGAGGUUGCACCCGGGACUCGCUGCUCAGUCCCGGGCUUCUUGGUGCAUUUCCGGCUUCGACCGGGCGCUGCUGCAGACAGCAAACCAAAGAGCGUGGAGGGCCAGCCGCUCCUGCGUCCCGCCCGCUCACAUACGGGCGGCAGGGCCGGUGUCAGGCGGUGCGGGGUGACGCCCCAUCAAAAAAGGCUUUUCUGGUCUCGAACUUCUGUGCCCGUCGGCAUGCCCCAUUCUCACGAUGCCUGCCUUGUCCAGAUGCCGCUCGCUGAUCCACCCUUUGCACAGUUCGAGGUUCCAGCCUCCAGGUUCUUCUUGCGCACCGCACUCGAGGUUCGAGGCCUGAGGUGGCUGCGCCGUACGCUGUCCAAUGAGCGCACCCAACAACCACGCCCAGUAAGUCGAGCUGGAAGUGGGAAAAGCUUCUUCGGCGGAUGCCGAGCGGCUCGACCGAGCUGUUCACUGACCCUUAUACUGUACUUUGUAGCCUGCAGCGGACCGGGUAAGAGGCACCACACCUCUACGGCAUGCUCACUUAGUACGAACGCCACCCCCAUUCGUUGACUUAAGCUCGCAGGAAUGGGGGAAACGAUACAUACUAUAUACCUAGUUUGUAUCAGCGGGAGAGAAACGACAUCAAUUGGCUUCUGUCACAUCCAGUGGGGUGUCCUGGCUCUCUGGCGGGAUAUCAGCCACAACUCGCCCGUUGCAGCUCUUGUCAUUUCAUCCAGCUGUCAUAA